AUCUCGCAGGCACACGAGACCACGUAUGACUUCGUCUGAUGCUCCAUUGUGUCUCUCAUGUGAAAUACGUUUUAGCAUCAUUUUUUUAAAGAACCUUCUUAAUUAUUAAAGAAAGUUACGCGAUCAGAAUGUCGAAACUGGACAAACAGCAAAAUACUGACAAUGAGAGUGCAAAAAGUGAGAGCUUGGCGAAGCCAGACGGAAAACAACCUCAAACCGAUUUGAACAGUACUAUGACAACGUCUGGGACUGCAAAGAAAGAGCAGCAGACAAAGUGCUUGUCUUUUUCAAGCGCAAUGCGUUUGUGAUAGCAUUGAUGAUGAACGCGAUGAUAGAGGCGCUUCUCAACACCACACGUAGCCAGUACCGUUUCCGUUUCUUCCAGUCGCAGUAUGAGGGGGAGCUGCUUGGCCGGAGCAACGUCACGAGGGCAUGUGGGGAGGCAAUGGAACCGGAAGUUCAGGAAGUGGAGUUUAAAAUCAGCGAUGAAUCUGCACGGUGGACGCUGUACGAGUGGUACACCAACAUAGUGCCGUUGAUGAUGUCAACCGUCCUGAUGGGCAUGAAGUCAGACCAGAUUGGGCGACGCUUUAUUUUUCUUUUCCCUUUCUUUAUAUCCAUGAUCGACUGCAUACUGUUCGCGACUAUCAUCAGGCUUGGGCUCCACUAUAAAUGGUCCCUCAUUGGCCAGUUCCUCUGGGGGGUCUCAGGCGGCGGCAUAAACAUGUUGGUCGCCUCUUACGCCCUAGUUUCGGACACGCACGGCAACGAAACAGACGAUAGUAACUCUUCUUCCCCCUCACCACCAAAUGACGACACGGAUCUUGACCCGUCGAGGGAAAAAGGCAGAACUAUGAAGUUUGUCAUCGUCGACGUACUCAGGUGGGCUGGUUCAAGCGUGACGGCCUUUGGUUCUGGCUACGUCAUCAGUUCUGCGGGGUUCUUUUACGCCGUUGUCAUCAUCAUGGUGUGGAAAACCCUCAACUUCACCUUCGCUUAUGUUCUUGUGACGGAGACCGGGAAGCAGAAAAAAAGUCCUGGUUUGGUCGCUCCCCUAAAAACAAUUUAUGCAGCCUUCAAAAAUCCCCGCAAGGGUCUCACGCUGUUUUUAGUCACCACCGCCCUCCUGUUCUCAGUCUACGCUGUUGUUGGGGAAGACGAAGUUCUUCGUACUUACCAGAUGAGCCCCCCGUUUUGCAUGAGUUCCGUGGAGCUGGGCUGGUUCGCCAGUGAGACCAGGUUGAAAAGCUUUUUCGGGCUUCCUUUGAUGUGGCUUUGGCGCCGGAUGCACCUGGCCGAGUCGACCAUUGCUGCUCUAGGAAUGGCGUCUGCAGCGGCGUCACAGUUCUUCAUGGCACUUGUUCGAUACACGUGGGUGUUCUACGCAGUGCCAGUCAUAGCGAUACCUAUGUCUCUGGCCGGAUCAAUGACCAAAGUCAUCACGUCCCGUCUAAUUGGCAGAAGGGCACUUGCCUCCACGUUUGCCUUAUUGUUGCUAACAGAGGAACUCUUUGCCUUCGCCGGCAGCAUGUCGACUAACUACCUGUACCAGGCCUUCCUCAAGACAACACCUGCAGCCCCGAUCUUUCUUUGUGGCGCAGGCUACUCUUUGUCUUGCGUGCUGUACAGCAUCGAAACAUUUAACAGUCGACGUAAAAACCCAGCAGGUGACGAUGAUGUCGAAGUCAAUGUUCAAGAAAUGGCAGGCACCAGGAAAUGA